AGAGAGAAGACAGGCAGGAUCUCAGCUCCGAGUCCUCAGCACCUUCCCAUACAAUUGACAUGAUAUUGCACACAGAGUGUCAGGAUUGGGGGGCUGAAGGCAUCUCAUCAUCACAUCCACACCACCACCACCACCACCGUCAUGGACACCUCCGGGCACCUUCAUGAUUCAGGGGUUGGCGACAUGGAAGAAGAACCCAAAUGCUACUGCCCGUUAUCGGGGGACUCUGUGAACCAGCUGCAGAGCCACCAUCACAGCCUGUUGCACUCAUCUUCUCCGUCAGCUUUCAGGGCACCUCCUUCCAACAACUCCACCGUCCUCCACCACCCUUCUUCCUCCAGGCAGGGCAGCCAGCUCAAUUUAAGUGACCACUUGGUUGGACACUCUCCAACUUCAGCGUCUACAAGUGGGGCUGGCGGAGGAUGCAAGCACAGACAAGCCAGUCCUCUCGUCCACAGAAGGGACAGCAACCCAUUCACCGAAAUAGCCAUGAGCUCUUGUAAAUACACUGGAGGGGUGAUGAAGCCCCUCAGCCGACUAAGUGCCUCCAGAAGGAACCUGAUAGACUCCGAGCCCGAGAGCCAACCUCUUCAGAUCUUCAACUCCAGCAACGCUCCUGAGAUUGUCAUCUCUUCCAAGGAUGAGCACCACUCCAACCAGAAUUUGCACCACCACCAUCCCAAUGCCACGCAGAACCACUCAGGCAAUAGCACCACCGCCGCCAACUACCCCAAACCCAACAAGAGAAAGCAUCAAAAUAUCGGAUACAAAUUGGGACACAGGAGGGCGCUUUUUGAGAAGCGGAAGAGGCUCAGUGACUACGCUCAUGAUAUUCGGAUGUUUGGAAUAGUUGUCAUGGUCAUUGAGACAGAACUGUCAUGGGGUUUGUACGAAAAGGACUCAAUGUUUUCUCUGGCCCUGAAAUGCCUUAUAAGUUUAUCAUCCAUCAUUCUGCUGGGACUGAUCAUUGCUUAUCAUGCACGAGAGGUGCAGUUGUUUGUCAUUGACAAUGGAGCCGAUGACUGGAGGAUCGCCAUGACCUAUGAGCGGAUUUUCUACAUCAGCUUGGAGCUGCUCAUCUGUGCCAUUCAUCCUAUCCCUGGCGAGUACAAGUUCUUUUGGAAUGCCCGCCUGGCCUUCUCCUACACGCCAUCGCAGGCCGAGGCCGACGUGGAUAUUAUCCUCUCCAUUCCCAUGUUCCUGCGGCUCUACUUGAUUGCCCGGGUCAUGCUCUUGCACAGUAAACUUUUCACAGACGCUUCAUCCCGUAGUAUCGGGGCGCUCAACAAGAUCAACUUUAACACUCGCUUCGUCAUGAAGACGCUGAUGACCAUCUGCCCGGGCACUGUGUUACUGGUCUUCAGCAUCUCUUUGUGGAUUAUCGCUGCCUGGACUGUGCGAGUCUGCGAGAGGUAUCACGACCAGCAGGACGUCACCAGCAACUUCCUAGGUGCCAUGUGGUUGAUUUCCAUAACGUUCCUCUCCAUUGGCUAUGGUGACAUGGUGCCAAACACCUACUGUGGGAAGGGGGUUUGCCUGCUAACUGGCAUCAUGGGUGCUGGUUGUACUGCCUUAGUGGUGGCUGUGGUCGCUCGAAAGCUGGAGCUUACCAAAGCUGAAAAGCACGUCCACAACUUCAUGAUGGAUACACAGCUAACAAAACGGAUAAAAAACGCAGCAGCCAACGUCCUCCGGGAAACAUGGCUAAUUUACAAGCACACAAAGCUACUAAAGAAGAUCGACCAUGCUAAAGUCCGCAAGCACCAGAGGAAGUUUUUGCAGGCCAUUCAUCAAUUACGGAGCGUGAAGAUGGAGCAACGGAAACUGAGUGACCAAGCCAAUACCUUGGUAGAUCUCUCCAAAAUGCAGAGUGUGAUGUAUGAUCUUAUAACUGAGCUCAAUGACCGCAGUGAGGAUCUGGAGAAACAGAUUGGGAAUCUAGAAGCUAAGCUGGACCAGAUCUCUUCGACUUUCAAUACUCUUCCUGUCCUGAUCGUAGACACCCUGCGACAGCAGCAGCAACACCUUCUUUCUGUGGUACUGGAGUCACGGGCACUGGGAGUGGCUGUUGGGACUUCACAAUCGGACAGUCCUAUGGGCAUAAGUUCGGCAUCUUUUCCAACACCACACACCAGCUCCAGUAGCUGCUGACAGGCCAGACUUGUGUUGUGGAUGGUAGACCUUCGACUCCUAGAGUAGGAUUAUUUAGGAGACUUUGGGAAUGCUGGCUAACUAAAUAUCAUGUAAUCUCAGCUAACCUUGAGUAGGAUGUCUUGUAGGAAAGUGAGUUGGCACUCAACAUGAGGAACUACUUGAAGGUUGAGACACUAUUGCGCACCUUCUCAUUCACUGCCAAGUAACCUGCUUAGCGGAGAAGGAUCUGUUACAACCCCACUUCCUCCUGCGAAUACCUUUCCUGAU